UGAGCGGGCUAGAAAGUAGACUUGAAAAUAAACCAACUCCACUAUAUUCAACAGUUGGCUACUAGAAAUUAGGUAAGGCAGAGUAAAACUACAGGGAGGGUAGCAACGAAUUUGAUGCUAAGAAUUGCGACCAAAUGGGAUUGCACGAGUUUACUCGUACGGAUCACGAUACUGCACAAAGGCGACGUGAAUGCACCUUCAAAUCUCCCGAAUUGUGCUGUUCAGUCUCGGUCAUGUGUAAAUCAAUCAUCUCCCCUGUCGUUGAGCAUCCAUGGCCGGACGCUCCUCACUCAACGCCCUUUGGCACAAGUCCCGGCAACCCACUGAACUCGUUCUUGGGAUCCGCCAACUCCUGCUCCACCGUCUGCAACUUCUUGGCCACCUUGGCCGGCGCACCUGUCACCACUGUAUACGCUGGUACACUCUUCGUCACCACCGACCCGGCGCCCACAGUACUACCUCGUCCAAUCGUCACCCCAGGAAGGAUAAUGGUUCCCCCACCGAUCCAUGCAUCGUCCUCAAUGCGCACCGGCAGCCCGUAUUCGACGUUCUUGAUGCGCGAAAGCACACUGGUCAAAUGUCCUGCUCCGUAGAUGCUCACGUUGGGACCAAGUUGGACACGAUUGCCGAUGAUGACCAAACUGACGUCCAAGAUUGUGAGGCUUAUUGUGUCAGUUCGUAUAAGU